CAUGUAGGUAAGCGCAAACCUCCACUUGCCUAUGUAUCCAAAAGAUCCAGAUCGUAUUUUUAUUUUUAUUUUUAUUUUGCGCUGGUCUCUUUCAACCUCUCCUUUGACUUGUGGUUAUGAUUUCUAGGUUAUUUCCAUCCCACCUGGGACUUCUUCUUUUUGGGCUUUCUCGACCCCAUUGUUCUUCUUUCUACGUACCAGUUACCCAGAUCCUACGUUAAUUCUCACAAGCCUGCGAGCCUGUUUAAGUGGAAUUGCCUUACCAAUGUUUUCGCCCUGCCGCUCGCCUCGAUAAUUCCCCUCUUAAUGCUACCCGCCUUACAACAAUCAAGGCGCCUGCUAUUAUCAUGAUUGUCCCACCCAGCUCUCGCCGGCUUAGGGUCUUUGGCGGCGUUGCCAUCCUGACCUUAAUCGCGACUUACAUCCACAUUCGUUCGCAAUGGGAUGAAUCCUCAUUCGGAUAUGCUCGUGGUUAUUAUAAGAGCGUCACAAGCUACUUUGGUAGUUCGGUAUACAACAACACCUUGUAUUCCGAAGGGAAUGAGGAAACGGUCAACCAAUAUUACAAUGCCAGCAACCCUUGCGCCAAUUUCCCCGAUACCGACGGCAUACUCCUGGUGAUGAAGACGGGCGCAACAGAAACCUUCGAUAAAAUGCCCGUCCAUCUUCUAACAACAAUGAACUGUCUUCCCGACUUUCUCAUCUUCUCUGAUAUGGAACAACAAGUUGGUCCAUACCAUAUCCACGAUGCCCUCGCCGAGGUUGACGAAUCCGCGAAGGCCCAUAAUGCUGAUUUCGACCUUUACCGCGACCAAAAGGAAUGUCCCGUAUCGCAGAAGUCGUGCGUUGACGCGAAGAGGGACGGACAAAAGGCGUGGAAUUUGGACAAGUACAAGUUUCUCCCGAUGAUGGAACAGACUUGGAGGAUGCGCCCAGGCCGAGACUGGUAUAUAUUCGCCGAGGCUGAUACCUAUAUCUUCUGGGCCAAUAUUGUACAUUGGCUGAAGACCGAGUCCGGCUUAAACCCUCGUGAGAAGCUCUAUCUCGGCAGCCGAAGCUUUAUUGGGGGAACUCCAUUUGCCCACGGAGGUUCCGGAUAUAUACUUAGCGGGACGCUAUUGAAGCAUUUGAUUGAAUAUCACCCAGGCGUGGUCAAGCAGUAUAAUGUCAAGGGGGCUCAUGAAUGUUGUGGCGACUUGAUGCUGGCGCAGGCCUUGGAAGAGUAUGAGAGGGUUAAAAUCCGGCAGGUUUGGCCCAUGAUCAACGGUGAAAAGCCGAGUACACUCCCUUAUGGACCCGGUCAUUGGUGCGAGCCGAUUUUCACAAUGCAUCAUAUGAAUGCGGAGGAAAUCAGUAACGUGUGGCAGUUUGAGCAAACACGCAAGACCGAUCGCGUUCUUCUGAUCAAGGACAUAUACGAUGGCCUGAUCCGACCAAAAAUGCAGGUAUCGCGGGAAAAUUGGGAUAACCUCUCAGAUGAUGUGUGCUACCUCAAUCCAGAUCCCGAGGCUCAACGACAUGCGGAUGGGCAUUCACGCGACAGACAGAAGAAAGAGGGGGAGAUGAACGAUGUUGAAAAGGAGGCAUGGAAAUCAUGGGAGAACUGUGCGAAGGUCUGCGAGUCCCAGGAUGUCCCAGAUGAAGAAGAAUGGGAUAUACGAGGAAUCAUAGAACGCGAAGACAAGGCCCCCAGCACUGCUAACGACACGGAGGUUGCUGAAGACACUUCACCUAGCGAUGCUGCGGCCCGGGAAGCGUGGAAGAAGGCCAUGAACGAGAAGAAGCGGAAUCGAUCCUGCUUCCAGUACCGCUGGCACGAGGAUGUAUGCUGUACGGCAAAGAGCUUCAAAUUGGGUGCGCCUAAGAUGCCGCCUGAUGAUGGCGACGCCAAAGCCAAAUGGGUCAGUGGUUGGCACUUGAAGGGCAUCAACGACUGGAUUGACGCAAUGGGGGAGUGCAAAAAGCCUGCCUGGAAGACGCCCGACUCUUGAUCGGUUUCGCUUGGAGACAACUCUUGGCACCGGAAAGACAAGUAACGUUUUCUACACCUUUGCAAUAUGACGAAACUAAUAGAAGAAAUAUCGGACCGGAGGAACCGGAGAGAUUUCAUCAUGGCCUAUAUUUGUAAAACAUGGACGGUUUCCAGCGGUCAGGUCUCAGUGAGGAUAUCACAACACGGCGUUCUUGGCCUUUCGCGGGCGGGGGCUCGGGGAGCAACCCAUUAUAGAAUUCGCGGAGCUUAGGAUGAUAUGAGCUUUUGCUUAGGUUAGCAUGGUUCGUACUAUCAAUGAGGAUAUUUGCAUUGUCUCGGACCGAUCAACAGCUGCUGGAACAGCGUCGUUUUCGUCUAUUCCGGUUUUUUUGUAGUGGAGACCAUGGUAGAGGACUAAAAAAAAAGGCUACUAUUUAUCGUCUUUGGUUGAUAUUGAAUACCUACAUCCUAACCUUGGGUAAGUACCUAAGGUAAGUACCUAAGGUAUUGACUAUCGAAUAUAAUUGAUUCUCGAUUCUCCGUCGUUGAAGAAAGUAGAGUUUCAGCUCUUGAAUGGAAGACAGCUAUCCAAAUAGUUUAAACUAGCGGUAUGGUCCAGUUACUUUGAAUACCACCCCUAUUGCCC